AUGGUGCCAUGGAGUGUUCAUUGUGACGCUGCGAGAUCUGUUUCGCGAUUGCGAGCUAAUAGGCAACUUUUCGCGGGUUGUCUUCGCUGCCGCAACACCCCUCCUCACCCCCUCCAUAAUAUUCAACCACCUCGCUCCAAAUCAAUUAUUUAUAUUUAUGGAGUACUGACUACAGUGGAACCGCUCGACAGGGAGACCAAAUCGAACUACGACCUGGUGGCAGAGGCUAGAGACGGCGGAGUGCCUCCCAGGACGACGAGGGUACCACUCAAGAUCUACGUCACGGACGUCAACGACAACGCUCCAGAGAUCCUGGAUCCUCGGGAGGACGUGGUCUCCAUCCGGGAAGAACAACCGCCCGGUACGGAAGUUGUCAAGAUCAGAGCUGUCGACAAGGACAAUGGACCCAAUGCAACCCUCACCUAUUCCAUCCUCAAAGGACGAGACGCGGACGGUUGGCGAGUGUUCUCCAUCGACCCGGUGACGGGUAUCCUGCGAACCCGAGUACCCCUGGAAGCCGGAGAACGAGAAGUGUACCGCGUGAGAGUAGCAGCAACAGACACCGGCAACCCACCGAGGCAGUCCGUGAGGACGCUGUCCGUUGAAGUCCUCGCGCUCUACGACCACAGGCCUACAUUCUCCAGUUCCAGCCUCACCUUCAAGAAGGUACCGACAUUACCAACACAGCAUCUUAACCUCAACGUCGAGCGAACCUGUUUUCUUCACCUCAGGGUAACAGCUAUUGUGCAGGCGGGAUCUGGUGGCUACCGCACGGAAGCUGUCGGCCAAUUAACAUCUAUCCAUCUCAUCACAGCCUCAGGGUACCCUCCCUAUCAAGAUCCCCAAGGCCGUGGUAUCUCUCUCUUCAUCGGCCUCUGGCGUGGUCCGGCGGUUGUCCAUUUCCAAUGCAUCUGGGACUCUUCCGUGCUUUGGCCAUAG